AUGUUUGCGCCACCGCCAUUGCAGUUCUCGCGGGAGGAGAUCGAGCGGUUGAAGCUGGAGUAUGCAGCAAAACUUGAGGAAGAGAAGAGAAAGAGUGUCGCGAGCGGCAAGUCGGGCAAGUCUGGCAAAUCUGGCAGUGAAAAGAGUGCAAAGUCACCUACCUCACCACGAAGCUUCGACUCAUCAAGCUCGAAAUCGCGCAAGAAGUUCUUUGCGCGAAGCAGCAAGUCGAAGGUUGCGCGAUCGAGUUUGCAGGAUGUAGAGACUUCGCCGACUGGACGAAAGCAGAGCAGUGAUGGUGCUGUCCCAGAAGAAGGGGAGCGGGAAGGGAGGGUGGAGCGGGCGGCCUUACCUGCUUCUUUUGGCGAGAAACCUCGGAAGGCUCCCGAGCCUCCGCCACGACGGAAGCCUGUCCGGCCAUUCGAAGACUCGUACUCAUCACCGAGGAUCCCGGUAUCAGCGAGAUAUCCGCCGAAGCCUAGCACACCGCCACCUGCUCCUCCUCCAGGCAAGACUCCGCCGCCCAUACCUGAACGAUCGCCGCGGCGGCAGUCGGCCAACCUGGAUGCGCCGAGGAAGCUUACGGCUACGGGUGCUUCGAUUGACGCCGCACUGUCGGAUGCGCUAGCACAGCUGUCUACACAGGGCGAUGUGUUCCCCACGCAGACGGAAAAGGCGACUGCUCUGCCUCAAGUGCGAGUAGCUUCUCUGGAAACAGGGUGGAUCAAUGGCUUCGAAUCACCGGUAGUGAAGCCAAUCAUGAUCAGACCUCCACGCACUCUUCCAGGCGAUAUGCCCACCAAGCCUAGACCAGCCAGCCGCGAACUAAAAAGUCGUUCGCCAGCUCGUGCGCCAGCAGUACAGGGCGCCAAGGUCGACAAGUCCCUUAGGAAAAGCGCCAGUCUUGCCGCGACCAGAGAAGCAACGGCAGUCAAACUGGAAGAACCUGGGAUUGCGCCAGUCCGGCGUGCCACCGAGCCUGCUGUUGAGCCGAUGAGAGACAGCUGGGUGCCUGGCAUGCCACAAGGCCCAUGGAAGCAUAGGAAAAAGGGCGAGACAAUGAGCCAAUUAUUAGACGCAGGGUUCUUUCCCUCUCAAGAGCAUCUGACAGUCAUACCUGACAAGAAGUAUGUUCAGCAACACAUACAUGUGAAACUGCCGCCACCGUUGGCGAUGAUAGACAAGGCUUUGCCUGCUACGCCACGUAGCAUCAGCGGGACACCAACAGAGGUCUUCCUGGGGUCACCACGGAGAGUACUUCCACUAGGGCCAGGAGUGAGUAAGAAGCGGCGAACGAAGAAAGUUCGAAGUCCGUUGUCCCAGAUCGCGGUCACAGACCCCCGGGCCAACUUUAACGACUUUCCGCCCGGUGCAUUACCUGGCAGGCUCGCUUCGAUCCCGGAAACGGUGCACUCCACUGAGAACUCACCGCCUCCCUCUUCAGGCAUGACGACACCAAUUGCCACGCAGAUACACCUCAGAGGCGGAUCUGUGGUGACCGUGACGCCUCCUGAAUUUACCGCCUGGCAAAGACAUGCGUACAUGCCUGGACCUAUCAAGCUUCUCACCCCAAUGAUCAUGCCGCGAAAAGACUCGUUAGCCAACCUUGAGCCGUUCCAGGAAGCGAUCGAUAAGGUAUACCAGCACGCACUUGCAGUGCCGAGACGGCGGAGCGAUGACGCGGCUGUUGAAGACAUCUGCGAAUGGUUCGACGACUUUGGUUUUGCCGAUGUCAAAUAUCAAGGCGAUACCGUGUUGAUCGAGAACAUCAUGCUGGAAGAUCUCGAGGAAAUGGACGGCGAGGAUGGCGAGGACAACUCAGCCAUGGAGAGAUUCAGCACUCCACCAUUAGAAGCCACAGUCUCACCGGUCGAGAUGAUGAUAGCCAAGGAGGUCGUGGACUCGGCAAGGAGGGAGUCAUUUCCAAUACCUCCCAUCCCACCAAUAGAGACCGAGGAAUCCCUUCGUGCCAGAGGUAUUGCGCGACUUUCUCGAAUGUCGACUGCAAGUGACAGAAGUCGCAGACCCUCCACAGCUUCUGGCAGGAAAGUAUCCAUCGUCUCAUUCGCUCCUCAGCCAGAGCAGACUAUGCUUUCGCCACUCACCCGCACUACAACCGAGACGAGCAGGAGAAGCUCACGAAACCCCAGUAUAGGACGAUCGUCGUCGGACUACAACGAUGAUGUAGUGGAGAUGGAUCUCCAGUCAGGAUGGGUUGCACCAGUAGCCAAUGGCAAGAAGGACGUGUCGCACAAGGGUUCGCCCACCGAUGGCAAACUUCAGCGCAGUCCCAUGGCUAAGAUGCGAGGGUUCAUGAAAUCGGCUGUAAAUUAA